CAUAACCGUUAAAUAGAUUAUUACAAAGAUAUUCAUGAAAAUGUCAGCAUGGAAAGUGUGGUCAAUGAUUUUGCUUUUGUGCAUACAUUGUACACUGCAAAUGGAAACGGUCUCUGACGAAUUGAAUCACAAAUUAAAUGGCAUUAUUAAAUGGAGAUAUGAGAAGCGUCCAUUUUGCAAUGCUUUCACGGGUUGCGGUAAAAAACGUUCAUAUCUACCACCCUACCCCCUAUGGAAACGCGCUGAAAUAGAUGAACCGAAAAUAUACAACGAUGUAGAUUUGUCCGAGGGACUAAGUGAUCUGAUCGAUAUAAACGCUGAGCCUGCCGUAGAAAAUGUACAAAAACAAAUUAUGUCACAAGCUAAGAUCUUCGAAGCCAUCAAGGAGGCCAGCAAAGAGAUAUUUCGGCAGAAGAGUAUGAAGAAGUUGCGACAGCGUGAAGAAAAUCAAGACGCCGUUGAGGGAGUUUGAACGACAAGCUAA